UCCCCAAAGCAAGACCUAAGAUCAAAAUAGCCAAACAAUCUACCAGAAAUCAGAAUAGAAACCAGCAUCCAUGGCAAAGCCACAGUCAUUGGCUGCAGCACUCCUGCUUGCCUUAGUGGUCUCCCUCGCCGCAAUAGAGGGUGCUCAUGGCAUCUGCGGCUUGUCCAACGACGAGUUCAAGCUUUGCCAGCCAGCGGCGGCGGUGAAUAACCCCACAGACGGACCAUCGUCUGAGUGUUGUGCCGCGCUUGGGAAGGCCAACCUGUCGUGCAUCUGCCGUUACAAAGGAGUUGCCGGCGUAUGGCUGAGGAUGUACCACAUCGACGCCGCCCGCGCCAUGGCGCUUCCCGGCAAGUGCGGCCUCGCCAUGCCCAGCAACUGUUCGUGAUAAUCCGACGUACUACUGUCUAUAGGCGUCUGGGUGUCAAUCGGUCUAUUAUAAAGCUAUAAAUAAGUGGAGGAGCACUUGAAAGGCGUUGUGCUGCCCGAUCUUACCGGUGUUGUGUGAUUUGGACGUGUGCUUAUCUUUACUAUUAAACGGGAAUAGGUGGUGUCCGUA